AAAUAUUAUGAUAAUAAUAUACAAAAAGAAAAUUACAAGGAUUGGGCUGCAAACGCACCGUUUUGUUUGGGCUCCAGCAAACUAAAGUAAACAGCCAAGAUGUAAUGGGCUCAUGAAAACUGCUCUCAGACUAAACGCUGUGGGCUGAGGUGCAUUUUAAUCCAACCAAGAGGAUGUAAACGCAAAGUAAUCGAAACCCGGUAAUCAGAAAUCGUACGGCCAGAAACCAGAUCGAACCAACGAUCUGGUUAAAAAGUUCCGUCAGGAAAUUGGAUCUCCCAUUUCCCAGGCACCAAACAAUUAAAAUAAAAAGGAGAAAAAAAAAAAAACCUCCACAGCCUUUGAUCUCCGAUUAGUACUAGAGUUGCGAAGUAUCCUCGGUGUUUGAUUUUGCAGAAGCUGAUUUGGUGGAAACAAUGAACUUUCUGCUGCUGCGGUCCAAUCAACAGGGAACGCCAGAACCACCUCCAGUACCAGAAGAGGAGGCGGAGUCAACUUAUGUUUCUAAAUCUACGACAACUUUGGAAGGGCUUAUAGAUGAAGAUCCAUUCCUGGUGUAUCCCACAAUCGGAAAUCAUGAUGGAGAAACCAAUGGAUUUGUAGGUGAGAAUUCUGGUGUUGCAAGCAAUAAGAAUGCCUCUGUCUCUGAGAACCACAUUGAUGUUUCUGAAGAAGAUGGAUGGAUCACUAUUCCAUAUAAGGAUCUCCCUGAUGAUUGGACUCAUGCACCCGACAUACAUUCGUUACGUUGCCUGGAUCGUUCUUUUGUUUUUACUGGUGAACAAGUUCAUAUUCUAGCAUGCUUAUCAGCGUGUAAUCAGGAAACAGAAAUUAUUACCCCAUUUAAAGUUGCAGCAGUUAUGAGUAAAAAUGGCAUGCGGAAAGGUGCUGAGAAACAAAAUGGAAACAUGGAGGGUGAGACAAAUUUAGUGCCUGGAGAAGGGAAAGUGAGUCCAAAUGGCACUGUAAUGGAUCGGAAUGGUGAAAACUUGGAGAAAGAGAAGAUUGAUCGAGCAAAGGAUGUUUCUGCUAGUGAAUCAUUUCUUAGAAUGGAAGAUCAGAGAAGACAGACUGAAACACUAUUGAAAAGGUUUAAGAACUCUCAUUUCUUUGUCAGGAUUGCGGAGUCAGGUGAGCCUCUAUGGUCGAAAAAAGGUUCUUCUCGGACAGCUUCUGAGUUGUCUAAGAUGGAUGGUCAACAGUCUAAUGCAAAUAAAACCAAAAACACUGCCAAGAAUAUAUACAGUCUGAGCGCAGUUAUUGAUAGAGGAAAUUUUGAGGCCAAUGUUUCUGGUGGAGUAGCUAGAGAUACUGUUAAGUGUUGCUCUCUUUCCAAUGGAGACAUAAUGGUACUUCUACAAGUGAAUGUUGGUGUUGAUUUUCUGAGAGAUCCUGUCAUUGAAAUUCUUCAGUUUGAGAAAUAUCAGGACAGAAUCCUGGCUGAGAAUGAGGACAACUUAGUUUAUUCAAAUCAAGACCCAUGUGGAGAAUUGUUGAAAUGGUUGCUUCCUCUGGAUAACACUCUUCCUCCACCUCGGACUUUAUCUCCUCCUGCUCCUUUAGGUUCUAGUUCUGGAAUUGGUAGCACAUCUCAGAGGUCUGCCUUUUCUGCCUCCUCUGGCUCUCAGCUCUUUUCCUUUAGUCAUUUUAGAAGCUACUCCAUGUCAUCACUUCCUCAAAAAGUUGCAACUCCUCCUGGGCCUGUUAAAGCCCAAAGUUCUAAACCAUCAUUUGACCUUGAUGAGGUGGAUCAUUACUUUUCUCAGAAGAUUUUGAAGAGUCAAAGAGCAGGGAUUGAAGAGCUUUUAUCUUUUCGGGGUGUGUCACUAGAGCGAGAAAGAUUUUCUGUCUGUUGUGGAUUAGAAGGGAUCCAUAUCCCAGGAAGAAGAUGGAGGAGGAAAGUUGAAAUAAUUCAACCUGUUGAGAUCCAUUCUUAUGCUGUCGACUGCAAUACAGAUGACCUCUUUUGUGUUCAGAUAAAGAAUGUUUCUCCAGCACAUAUACCAGAUAUUGUAGUAUACAUAGAUGCUAUAACAGUUGUCUUGGAAGAGGCUUCAAAAGGUGGACCGCCUGCUUCCCUACCAAUUGCAUGUAUUGAAGCUGGAGACGACCAUUGUUUACCAAAUCUAGCUCUCAGGAGGGGUGAAGAGCACUCUUUUAUUUUAAAGCCAGCGUCUUCUAUGUGGAAGGACCUCAAAACUUAUGGAGAAAAGUCUAAGUCGUCCAGUUUACAACCUGCUUCCAAGACUUUCGAUGGAAAGGGGAGUGUUUCGUCUGUUAACCAGUAUGCAAUUAUGGUAUCAUGCCACUGCAACUACACUGAAUCAAGAUUGUUUUUCAAGCAGCCAACAAGUUGGAGACCGCGUAUUUCAAGGGAUCUUAUGAUCUCAGUUUCAUCCGAAAUUUCGGGACAAUAUUCUGGACCCAAUGAAAUAGUCACUCAGCUUCCAGUUCAGGUUUUAACUCUUCAGGCUUCAAAUUUGACACCCGAAGAUCUAACUAUAACAGUUCUUGCUCCAGCAUCCUUUACCUCAUCUCCAUCUGUGGUAUCCUUGAAUUCUUCUCCAACAUCACCGAUGAUCCCAUUUGUUGGUUUUUCUGAACUUGCAGAGAGUGAGAGGCACGGUAGUGCUGUGCACAGACUCAGCUCAAUGCCCACUGUAUCAGAGAAUGAGAAACAGAAUGGUGAUGCUGGGGCUAGGUUUACUUCUUUCAAUGAGCAGUUGACUCCAAUACCUGAUUUCAUUCCAACUUCUGGUUUGGGAUGUACUCAUCUCUGGCUACAGAGUAGAGUACCACUAGGAUGUGUUCCUGCUCAAUCUACGGCUACCAUUAAGCUUGAGCUACUUCCAUUGACUGAUGGCAUAAUCACUCUUGACAGUUUACAGAUUCAUGUUAAGGAGAAAGGUCUUACUUAUAUCCCGGAGCACACACUAAAGAUAAAUGCGACUUCUAGUGUCUCCACAGGGAUUAUUUAGGAUGGAUUGCAACUUGUGUUUCUUAUGUCACGUUAUAUUUAGCCAUCAAGGAUUUCAGAGCAUCAUUCUUUCUGUUACCCAAUAUUGGUCUUCUAGUGCCAUAUUGUGCAGAACCUUUGAUACCACGGUGGAUAUCUUCUGUGUUGAGCAGAAAAGGAAUCAUCUUGCCAAUUCCUCUGAAAAUAUAGCCAUAAAUGAUUUCUUGUAAACUGCAAUCUUGAGAAUGGCAUUUGUUAUAUACCCCCUUUGAUGGGAAAGGUAUGUUCUUCGUAGAUGAAUCUAGUUGUGUGAAAGUGUAUCAGUUGCAAAGAAAUCAGAAGACCUGAGUGCUUUAUAGAUAAUCAGGCCCUACAAAACCUUAUUAGGAUCCAAAGACAGCCAUGUUACACUUCCAAAAUAGUGAAUUUGUAAACCACCGAUAUAACGAUUGCUGUAACUCAUUGAGAUGGCAGCAACCCUGGUUCAUGAAUAGCUCAAAUGGCUUGAAGUUUGCAGAUCAAGAAAACAAGCACCGGUUACUAUGCAGGGUUUUUUUUUUUGGCUUUUGUUUUACAUUGAAUGGUUUAUGAUUGAUAAGAUGCCACGUUCAUUGCUGUUUUGCAUCCGUGAUUUUGUUCGAACUUCUGUAUUCCACUCUUCUAUUUUGCAUUUUUUCCUCGUUAUGAUCAUACAGCAGCUUUUGAAUAUGUAGCAAUUUGAUGGGUGGCGGUAGAAUUUUAUUAACAUCAAAGCAUAAGGCUGAGGUUUGUCAAUCUUGGAUUUCGAUCCAGGCUUGAAGCUGAUUCCAAUGAGCUGCUGCUGAGUGUGAAGUGUGAAGGGCUUAAGCUAUAAUCUUGGUUUGACAUGUAUGAUACAGAAUCGUUCUUUAGGUGCAGUGGGAGGCCAAGAGAAUGCCGGAUGUUUACCAGACUGAUAAUUUUCUAUUUUACUCGGAAACUGGCUUUCCUUUAGAAGCAAAACAAGCCUAAAACAACAAAAUUAUGUAGUAAAAGAAUAGAUAAGAUAGGUCAUAAGAAAAAGAAAAUCUACUUGGUUGAAAAUUUUGACACUGCAAUGUAGCCGAAUUGUUGUUGCCGAGAUAUAUAUUCAAAUCAAAAGUCAAAAGAAAAUGAGCAAUUUCUUGAACAAGCAAACAAACUCUUA